AUGAAAACUGUUACUGCUAUGUGCAAAACAGAACCCUUCACUUACAGUACCUGUGGUCGACUCUCCAGCAUGAAGAUUGCAUUAUAAAGAAAAGCCAGAUUUGUUACAGUUCUGCAAGGGAAGGAGGAGGGGUAUGAACAUUCACAAAACAAACUGUGGCCUGGCAGAUAUUACUGGCUUUGUUAGAAAUUUGCGUGUGGGCAAGCGUCACAGUAAAACCAAACCCAUUGUGCUUUUGGAUGGAUUGAGGUCUCUCCACUGAACUUUGCUGCUGCUGAGUUCUCUGAAUUGCCUUGCAAGAUAAGAGUUAGCAGCAGAGAAAAGUUCCGCUUUGAGCCUAUGUCAGAAAAAAACAACUGUCGGAAUUCAGAAACUGUUUUUGAGUUUGCUGCAUGCGCAGUUCAAAUCCUCUGGAAGCCAGAGACGUGUACAGAAACUUUACUGAGCAUCAAACAAUAUGGAGAGGAUGUUUGUUUCAAAAUACAACCGUUCAAAAUUGAACCGUACAUCGUGAGGGUGAAAAGAGAAAUGCUAGAUGGAAAGCUCUUGUUUUUGUUUGUAGCUGGAAUUUUUCUGUUCCAUUUUGCAAACAGCCUGAGCAGGAGUGCCAAGUUCUUUUACCUUUCUGGAAUAAUACUGGGUGUUCUUGCUCUGCUAGUCUUUGUCCUGCUGACACUUAAAAGGUUUAUUCCAAGGCACAGUACCUUCUGGAUUUUAAUGAGUGGCUCCUGGAUGGUCUCUCUCUAUUUUAUUUACUGCUUCAAAGAGAAUAUACAGUGGUUGUGGUCUGAACACAAAAACUACCUGUUGGGGUAUUUUCUGGCUGUAGGGAUUACCAGCUUUGCAAUUUGUUAUCAGCACGGGCCGCUGACCACGGAGCUCAGCAUAACCUUGUUCACGUGGACGCUCCAAUUAACAGCCUUUGUCCUGAUCUACUUUGGUGUCACCAUCCCUCAAGUUGCAUAUGCAGUCAUAGCAGUCAGCCUCUGCUCCAAAGGCCUGUGUUACCCCCUGGGGGCUGCCUGUCACAUUGCCAGAAAAAUGAAGCAUCGCUUUAAAUCAAAAAAACUGGUGUUUAAAUACCUUACUGAAGAGGAAUAUCGAGAACAAGGUGAAAGUGAAACCAUCAGAGCUCUGGAGGAGCUGCGCUCAUUCUGCAGGAGCCCUGACUUCCCAUCAUGGAUAGCUAUAUCCAAACUCCAGGCUCCACACAGGUUUGCAGCAUUUGUUCUGGGAUCUCCCCAUGUCUCACCUGCAGAAACAAAGGCGCAUGAUGAGCAGUUUGGCAUUGGGAGCUCCUUCCUGGAAGAGCAGCUGUUUGAGGCAAGGGCACAGUCUGAGCAAGAUGAGCCAGCCAAUUCCAUCCAUGAAGAAGAUGAGGAGAACGAAAAUGAAAUGCAGACACAAAUUCCAUUUCCAUAUGCUACUGAGCUGCUUUGAGAAAUAACAACAACAACAAAAAGAGACAGAAAACACACUUGUCCUAGAAAGGGAAGAUACAGAAUGAGAACUCGCACUUGGCAUUUUCUUGCUGUUGCUGGUGGACAAAGAAGGAUUUUUGAAAAAAACUGUUUCCUGUAUCACCGAUGUUACCUCAUUAGAGCAACAGAAGAAAACCACAGGGGCUGUUCAACUGAAGAGCAAUCUCGUGCUAUGGGUAUUUUCACCGGGGAAAAAACCCAUGUAUUUCCAAGGCAAGUACUGGAGACAGCCUGUCCACCAGGAUGCCUUCUUUUACCAAGGACACUACCUCUAGUAAACAGAGAAUCUGUUUGGGCCCUUUCCACCAUCAAGUCCUCUGUGCUGAGCACUGGAGGGAGGAAAAGCCCUUUUUAAUACUCUCUUUUUACUGAGUACCCUCUGUGUCAACACUUCUGAUAGUGCUGUUAUAAUGUUGAUGAACUGUGUUCCUUGUUUGUGAGACUGUUCACACGGAGUUAACACAGCUGAACGAGGUUUGUUUACUCUUCUGGCUGGGCUUGUCUGUUAGCUUCCUCCUGCCUCUGCCUUUAGUUUUAAGCUCCCUUUGCGCCCCUCAGAACGCUGCCUGACUUUUCACCCUCUGCCCAUAUUCUGUUCUUGAUCUCUGCUGUAGUUAUACUGCAUUUUGUUCUUUCCAAGUCUUUGUUUGUGUACAUACUUUCUUCCCUCUUUACAGAUCUUCUGCUAAACCCUUCUCUAGCCCUCUGCUUCUCCACCUCUGACAGUGCAGAUGGUUUAGGAGAGGUUUUCCAUCCCCAAACAUUUUUGCUAUUGCCUUCAGUUUCAGUGUUAGCUUACCUCAGGCAGGUGCUGUUGUCUAUUCCAGGCCUCUCAAGAGCCCUAGAAAGGCCACAAAGGCUGAGGCUGUUUCAGCUGCUUGUGAAAACUGCUAUGAGCAGGGCCAGAGUGCUGCUGUGAGCCUGGAACUGGGAACGCAGUCAACCAACACAGACCUCCACUGGCCUCGGAGUACGCAGUGGUUUGUUCAAUGAGCAAGAAGAAGAAAAUCAUUCCUAGCAAAACGAUGAGGGAAGGUGCCUGGCUUUUACCUUGCCUUUCACAGCCAUCUGUGGGGCUUCUCACAGGAGGUAUGUGGGGAGGAAAAAUAGACCAGGGAGAGAAAUUUAGGCAGUCACGUGUCUUUCAGCUUAUGUUUAUUACACAGUCCUAGGCUAGGGAGUAGUACCUCAGUUCAUCGACCUGCAGAUGUCAUUUCUUUCUUCUGUUCUUUAGACUACCCCUUCCCUGUAGUCUUCUGUUCUCACUUUGCUGUUUUCCUUUACUGUCUUACACACUGCAGAAAACAAAAGACCGUUAAUUCUGUCACUGUGAUCUUCCAAACCCACCAGGAACUGUCAGCGAUGGGGAGCAGCUGGUGCUCAACAAGGGCACGUCAGACUGGGAUCUAUCUGCCUGAAAAGGGGUGUCUGUUCUUUGUAACAUGCCUGGCUGUGCAGCAUGACUUCAGCAGUGCAGGUGCUCUCCUGGGUUCUCCUUGUCCAUCGCUGCACCAGGGACAAAACCCAUUUCCUCCAACGGUGCCAAAAAGUGCGGCCAUACCAUAAUCCAAGAGCUCCUCUGUGUAACAGAGGACUCGGUGCUUGAAAGCCUUAUAGCCUGACUGAUGUGGUCUUUCCUCCUUUAUAGUGCUUCAGCUUUAGUUUUAAAGGAACACUUCCAUUUUACUGUAAAGAGACUUAACACCCCUUAGUGCCAUAAAAUUUCAAGUAGGAAGGCUACUAGCAGCAAGACUCACCCCUGAGAGGCUGCUGCUACUAUUAAAUCCACAGCUAAAUUGCCACCCACACUCUGGAAGUCAGGUUUGGCUCAGGGGGCUCUGGCACUAGCAACAAGCAGUUAUGAAAACAGAGGAAAGCUUCAUUAUCUUGGAUGGUUUGGGAGAAGGGUGGAAACUCCCCCCUGAACAAUUACCAUAGAACCAAUCUGAUUUAUUUAAUCUUUGUCUGUGUCACCAUCACGAAAAUGGAGUACUUCAAAUCAUUACAGAUUUGGCAAAGGAUACUCAAAAGAGAUGUCUUAAUGUUUCUUGGAUGUUUUAAAGUACACAGGCUUUUUUCAGUGUACUUCAUAGUUAAUCAAGAACCCCCCUCCAAGCAAUUUGAGGCCAAGGGAGAGAAUCAGAUUUGUCUGAACUUAAGCACAGUUUUUGUGGAUGUCCUCUCUUUAGUGAGGUAUUGAUGAUUAAUUUCCCUUCCAUAAUACAGAGGUAUGUAAGUACAUAUAUGUACUACAUAAGUACAUAAUAUAUAUUUACAUACAAUAGCCCAGAGUACAUGUUAAGGUAGUAUUUUACCUAAGCUAUAUGUUAAAUGGAAAAGCCCUCCCCCCAAGUUUAGGUGAUUACAUGUUUUAGAAGAAUACCACAUACACCUACUUCAACAAAGAAAAAAGUUAAAAAGCAGUAAAAAUUAACUAAAAAUCAACCCACGCUGUAUGUAGUUGUGAGAUCCAUUAUUUGGCAGGGAUGGGUAAAUACUAUCCAAAGUAGACAGGGAACUACUGAAAAUGCAUGCACAACAGAAUGGCAGCAACAGCAGAAAGAUGAUGGCUACCUUAGUGGGUAGCUAAUAGUGACCUUAAAAAUCCUCCCAAGCCUAUUCCAGCACUGGAAGCACUCCAUAAACAAAACCCACCAAAACCAGCUGCUGUCACCAGAGCCCUGUUCACUUGCACAGUGCUCCCGUGACACGUGGAGAUGACACAGCCUUACUGAAACACAAUCGUUAAGUACUGUCCACUGUUCAGCUAGAAAAUCUAGGAACAGAAUCUAGGCAUCAAUCCAUUGCCCUAACUCUUAGAAAAGCCCUUCUCCCUUAACAAAGGAUGUUGCAUUUUUCUCUGUUCUCUGUUGUGUUCACAGUGAAGCCCUGCACUCUUCCAUAUCGACCAGUUUACAACACACAUUGGUUUGUGUCCCUUACAUUCCCUGCACCCCACAGAAGGCAACUGGUGCCUACAGUCAGAUUUUAUUAUCAAAUACUGUUUUUAACACGGUGCAAGAAUAGUUCCCAGCCUCUUGGUUCAGCAUCCUCCAGUGACUUUAACUAGAAGGUUAUUAUCACCAAAUUAUUUUCACUUCAAGUGGUUAUGUUCACUGCUGGCACUAAAUAUGAGCAAA